CAGUGGGUGUCUUCAAAAAAAGGUGCACGGGCCCUUUAACAUUUGUGGAAAAAAGGACCCGCAGGAGGGAAAUGGCGACUGAGGUGGAUGCAUGGAGCGCAGUGCCACAACGGGACGGCAUGUUCCCUGGUGGAGCCCCGGAGGAGGAGUUUUCGGACGAUGAUGUGCUGGCGGGGGGGGAGGUGAACGGGAACUGGACGCCCCAGGAGAAGGCUCUGCACGAGGCCCGGCUCAAGGCCAAGGCCAAGCGGAGACUGCGUAGGACCUCAUCCCGCGACUCUACUCGGGAGUCCCUCUCCGAGACGGGAGGGGAGUCCGGCACCGAGAGCAAGGUUGCUGUUGGCGACCGCAAGUCCAGGAUGGGCAAGGGCCGGGGGCUGCCCAAGAAAGGUGGAGCAGGUGGAAAAGGCGUGUGGGGGGCGGCUGGGAUGGUUUAUGAUUAUGAGGAGCCAGAUGCCAGGGAUCCGAACUAUGACGAAUCCUCUCAGGGCGACACCGUUUAUGCAACUGUGGUCCCUGAACUGGAUGAGCAAGAGCUAGAGAAGAUGGUGAACCCCAUCGUACAGGAGUACUUUGAACACGGAGACACCAAGGAAGUUCAGGCCCUUUUGAAGGGGCUGAACCUGGGCAGGAAGAAGUUUGAGUUCUCGUCGCUGGCUGUGUCGCUGGCGCUGGAAGGCAAAGCCAGUCACAGAGAGCUUGCAUCACGGCUCCUCUCCGACCUCGCGGGCAAGGCUCUGAGCGAGGACGAGAUCUCGAGAGCCUUCGACAAGGUGCUGAAGGACCUUCCUGAUCUGAUCCUGGACACGCCUGAGGCAGCACAGAUGCUGGGCCAGUUUAUCGCCAGGGCAAUCGCAGAUCAUGCUCUUCCAAUGAAUUUUCUUGACCGCUACAAAGGAAGGGUGGACUGUGACCAUGCAAGAGCUGCACUGGACCGUGCUGCGGUGCUGCUGUCUAUGAAGAGAGAAAUCAUGCGACUGGACAACGUGUGGGGCGUGGGGGGAGGACAGAGACCUGUGAGACAUCUCAUCAGAGAGGUGAAUCUGCUGCUGAAGGAGUACCUGGUGUCGGGGGAGGUGUCUGAGGCAGAGCGCUGCCUGCGGGAUCUUGAAGUGCCUCACUUUCACCAUGAACUUGUCUAUGAGGCUGUGGUGAUGGUUCUGGAGUCCAAUGGGGAGACAGCUGUGAAUAUGAUGGUGAAGCUACUCAAAGCAUUCUGGGAAACCGGACUCAUCACCAUUGACCAGAUGAAUCGAGGUUUCCAGCGUGUGUACGACGAGUUGCCAGACAUUAACCUGGAUGUCCCUCAUGCCCACACCAUCAUGGAGAUGUUUGUGGAUCUCUGUUUCCAGGAGACUGUUAUAACCAAAGCGCUUAGGGAUGCCUGUCCUUCUAGGGGACGCAAGCGCUUUGUAAGUGAGGGGGACGGUGGACUCAUCAAGCAGUAAAACUGAUUCAGCGCAUCUGUGCCUGUCCUAGCCGCCAAGUGGAGCCAGCCCAAAGACAGCAGACACCACCCCCGGCCCUUCACAACCACAGCAAAGGAAAAGGCAGCGCUUCCAUUCAGGGGAAUGUGAAAAGGGGAAACACUUCUCCUUUUUUUCUGAAUUUGUCGUUCCACGUGCUCUUUAUAAAGGGAGGCAGUUGGGGCAGGGAUAUGGCUGUUAUGGGGUUUUUUUCUGUUUUUUUUUUUUUUUUUUUUUUGCACCAACGACUGUCCUUUUGUAUUUCAUUGCAUGUUAUUUGAGUAUUCAUUCACUAUGUUAAAAAACAAAAUACAGUACUAAAUACAGAACCAAGCUGAUGAUUGUAAUGCUAAAAGAAAUUAAUCCAAGUAGAUAAAAGU